UCUCCUCAAAUACACCUUCCAAAGGGGCAAACUCCAUACAUUGUGAACCAAAAACCAAAACACACACAAAAAAAACUAAGUCUUUUCUUUCUUACUUUCUUUCUCUCUUUCAACUCAUUCCUUUAUAAACCUCUCUUUCUUCACUAGUUUCCAUUACAAGAACUCUCUUUCUCUCCAUUAAUGGCUUCUUCCAAUGCUCUGUUUUUGCUAUGCAACAUACUCUGUUUUAGUUUAAGCUUCUUCUUCUUCUUCUCAGUUUCCUUUUCUGAAAUACUUCUAUUCCCACUAACACAUUCUCUAUCCAAAACCCAAUUCAACACAACUCACCACCUCCUCAAAUCAACCUCCGCUCGCUCCUUAGCCCGCUUCCACCGCCACAGCAACAACGGCAACAACCACCACCAAGUCUCUCUCCCUCUCUCUCCGGGAAGUGACUACACGCUCUCUCUCACCGUCGGAACCAACCCUCCUCAGCCGGUUUCUCUAUAUAUGGACACCGGAAGCGACCUCGUCUGGUUCCCUUGUUCUCCAUUCGAAUGCAUACUCUGCGAAGGCAAAUACGAACCCUCCUCCACUCCUCCGCCACCCAAAAUCCCAAAAAACUCCACCGUCAAAUGCAAGUCCCCGGCUUGCACCGCCGCACACUCUUCUCACUCCUCCUCCGACCUCUGCGCCAUGGCUCGAUGCCCUCUUGAAUCCAUCGAGAUAUCUGAUUGUGCCUCUUUCUCUUGUCCACCUUUCUACUAUGCAUACGCCGAUGGAAGCUUCAUUGCUCAGCUUCAUAAGCACAGUUUAUCGGUACCCACUUCGUCUUCUCCGUCGUUGGUUCUUAAAGACUUCACCUUUGGUUGUGCUCACACGGCUCUCGGCGAGCCCAUUGGAGUCGCCGGCUUCGGCCGUGGUUUGCUUUCUUUACCGGCUCAGCUAGCCACCGUCUCUCCUCACCUCGGGAACCACUUCUCUUACUGUUUAGUCGCUCACUCUUUCGACACAGAGAAAGUCCGGCGACCGAGUCCGCUCAUUCUCGGCCGUUACGACGAGAAAGAGAAGAGAGUCGGUGAUAACAGAGCUGAGUUUACGUACACGCCAAUGCUCGACAAUCCAAAACACCCGUAUUUAUACUCGAUAGGACUCGCCGGAGUCACAGUCGGAAAGAAGAACGUUCCGGCGCCGGCGUUUCUGAAGAGUGUGGACAGAAAGGGCAAUGGUGGGAUGGCGGUGGAUUCGGGGACGACGUUCACGAUGUUGCCCACGAGUCUGUACGACUCGGUGGUGGCUGAGUUCGACCGGCGAGUCGGGCGAGCUCACGAGCGAGCUGGCGAGGUGGAGGACGCGACGGGGCUGACGCCGUGUUAUUACUACGAUAAGGCGAUUGAGGUCCCGGUGGUGGCACUGCAUUUUGUGGGGAACAAAUCGAGUGUGGUGCUGCCCAAGAGAAACUAUUUGUACGAGUUUUUGGACGGUGGUGAUGGAGGGUUGAGAAAGAAGAGGAGAGUGGGGUGUCUGAUGUUGAUGAACGGUGGUGAUGAGAAGGAGCUUAGUGGUGGGCCCGGGGCGACACUUGGCAACUAUCAGCAGCAAGGGUUCGAGGUGGUGUAUGAUUUGGAGAAUCGAAGGGUCGGGUUUGCUCGGAGGCAAUGCUCCUUGCUCUGGGACAGUUUAACCAAGCUCUAAUUCACUUUGGACAAUUCUUCUCACUUCUCUUGGGUUGACUUUUUAUUAUAAUAAAAGUUGAGGGUUGACUUGGCCACGUGUUAGUGCACGUGGGGUUUUAGGGGAAAAAAAAAAAAAAGGUGGGGGAGGGUUGUAUUUGGGGUACUUUUACUCAAAUAUGUAAAUAGGCACAUAGAUUUGUUUCACUUCACCUUUUGCUUUCUUUAAAGGAAAAAUAAUAUGUGGAUAAUAAGGUGUUGAUAAUAAGAGUAAGCAAAAGGUGAAUUGAAAACUUAGCAAAAGGAAUGUGUGUUAUGUAUUUAAGAGUUUAAUGUGAAAUUGUAUUUUGUAUAGAAUUUGGUCAUGGUGGCCCCAACCCAAGCCCAAUACUUGGUAUGUAUUUUAAUAUCUUUUUGUCUUGA